AGCCGCAAGUUUUGUAUUGAAGUAAGUUGGUUGACUUGACGGUUGCUUAUCCGCCAUCUUUCCUGAAACGUAAAGUGGGCAGUCUCGGGUGCAGUUCAACCCCGCCCGUCCGUCUACAAGCUCCCGUCCACCCCCGCACGACAAUCGACUCGAACAUCGCGAACGAUGCGCUUGUGGCGCCGAGGAACGAUCAUGGAUUCUUGGGUCGUGGUAAUACGAUGCUUUGUAUUCAUCAUCUUUACGUUGAUUAACUUCGGUGUUGAUUCAACCUGAGCACUCUUUCCCUACAUCCCUAUAGCCGUUCUAGGUUCAUUGAUUGCAGCAAUUCAAUAUCAGGACAUUAAGCGCCAUCAGUCGAAAUGGUCAUAUUUAAGUCGCGACAGCCGCCAAUUGACUUACCUACCGAGUUGACAGACUGGGAUUGGCUGUUCGACUCCUCUUACUCGCCUUUGAACAAAUACCCUCCAAAUGAACUUGCUGGCUUUCAAAAUGCCAUCACAAAAGAAAGGGUUAAUUGGGCAGACGUCAAGAAGUACUCUACUUACAUCGCCACCGCACUUGUGAAGAAGUAUGGCCUUAAGGCAGGCGAAACAGUAUCACUGUUCGGCCAAAACACUGUAUGGUAUCCGGUCGCCAUGUUUGCAGGUCUUCGUGUUGGCGCAAAGAUCAGUGGUGCAAGCCCAGCGUACAAUGUCGAAGAGAUGACGUUUGCGCUGAAGACGGCGGACUCUAGGUUCCUUCUUACGACACCCGGUAGUAUGGAAGUUGCUUCUGCGAGUGCCAAAGCCGCUGGGCUGCCACAGUCGAAUGUUUUCCUGCUUGAAGGCGAGCUUCCAGGCUACACUACUGUGCAGGAGCUCAUUCGGAUUGGAGAAUCGUACGGCGACCAUGGCCAGAGUCCAGCGUUUAAGAUCCCUGCUGGCAAGAAGAAUAAGGACGUGUGUGGGUUUCUCUCGUUCUCAAGCGGCACCACUGGACUCCCAAAAGCCGUCAUGAUCUCCCACCAAAAUGUGAUCGCACAGUGUCUUCAGAUCCAGCAGAUCACUCCAAAUACUCAGAAAAAGAUUAUGGCAGUGUUGCCUUUGUUCCACAUCACCGGCCUGGUGCAUCAAAUGCAUCUUCCCAUCCUUCUAAAUGCAGAGGUCAUCAUGCUUCCGCAAUACAGCAUGGAGGGUAUGCUCAACACCAUCUGCGAAUACAAACUAGGCGAACUGCUGCUCGUUCCACCGAUCCUCAUCCGCCUCGUUCGCGAUCCAAUCGUCGACAAAUACGACCUGUCGCACGUAACACGCUUCUCGUCAGGCGCGGCUCCGCUCUCAGAAGAGAUCAUCCAGCUGCUGCAAAAGAAGUUCCCCAACACAGGCUUCAAGCAAGGCUACGGUAUGACUGAGUCGUGCUCAUGCAUCACCGCGCACCCGCCCGAAAAGUUUGACUACAAGUACGCCCACAGCGGCGGCGCAAUUGUCGCAUCGACCGAAGUCAAGAUCAUCCGCCCAGACGGUACCGAAGCCGGCCUCAACGAAGACGGCGAAGUGCUUGCCCGCGGACCCCAGGUCGUAAUGGGCUAUCUCAAUAACCCCACCGCUACGGCCGCGACCUUCGACGCAGACGGUUUCCUGCACACGGGUGACCAGGGUAGCAUCGACGCGGAGAACAUGAUCCACAUCAGCGACCGCAUCAAAGAGCUGAUCAAAGUCAAGGGCAUCGGGGUCGCGCCCGCGGAGCUGGAGGAUCUGCUGCUCGGGCACCCGCAGGUGGAGGACGUCGCAGUUAUGAGCGUGCCGGACGAGUAUAGCGGCGAGCUGCCUAAGGCGUAUGUGGUGCUGAAGGCGGGCGUGCAGGAGAGCGCCGCGGCAGGGCGCGAGAUCAUCCACUACGUGAAGGAGAAGAAGGUCAGGUACAAGUGGAUCCACCAAGUCGAGUUUAUCAAGGAGAUUCCGAAGUCGCCGUCCGGGAAGAUCUUGAGGCGCGUGCUGAGGGACAAGGAGAAGGCUGGUCAGUACGGAUUGGUAGUCCAGGACGAAGCAAGAGCCAAGUUGUAAAAAUCUAGGGGGACAUUAUGGCGUGGUUUGGUGUGGUCCGGUUUGAGUAUGGUCGCCCGACUUUCCGAUUUCGUCCUAUCAUUGUAGUUUCAAGAAUGGAUGAAGUGGGGUUUCGACAGACCUUAGUCGCGACCCCACACUGUCACCUCGAUCACCACCAAAUCAGAUUUUGCUUGUUUUAUA